AUGGCGAACCAGCAAGAAGCCGGAAAGAAGGACCCCCUCACGGGCAUGGCGCACUCUGAGGCGCAUUACUUCAACAGCUACAACCACCAUGGUAUCCACGAAGAGAUGCUGAAAGAUGAAGUCCGAACCAAGAGCUACCGCGACGCUAUCUACCAAAACCCUCACCUGUUCAAGGACAAGGUCGUCCUCGAUGUCGGAUGCGGCACAUCCAUCCUGAGCAUGUUCGCCGUAAAGGCCGGCGCAAAGCACGUCAUUGGUGUUGACAUGUCAACCAUCAUCGACAAGGCGAAGGAGAUCGUCGAGGUCAACGGCAUGUCGGACAAGAUUACCCUGCUACAGGGCAAGAUGGAGGAGGUUGUCCUGCCCUUCGACAAGGUCGACAUAAUAAUAUCCGAGUGGAUGGGCUACUUCCUGCUCUACGAGUCCAUGUUGGACACCGUCCUCUACGCCCGCGACAAGUACCUGGUAAAGGACGGCUUGAUCUUCCCCGACAAGGCUACCAUCUUCAUGGCUGGUAUCGAGGACGGCGAGUACAAGGAGGAGAAGAUCGGAUUCUGGGAUAACGUCUGGGGCUUCGACUACUCUCCUCUCAAGGCCACCGCCAUUACCGAGCCCCUCGUCGACACUGUCGACAUCAAGGCCGUCGUCACCGACCCCUCCCCCGUCAUCACCCUUGACCUUUACACCUGCACCGUCGCCGACCUCGCUUUCCGGUUACCGUACGAGCUCAAGGCGCGCCGCAGCGACUUCAUCCACGCCGUCAUCGCAUGGUUCGACAUCGAGUUCGCCGCCUGCCACAAGCCCAUCCGCUUCUCCACCGGACCCCACACCAAGUACACCCACUGGAAGCAGACAGUCUUCUACCUGAAGGAUGUACUGACGGUCGAGGAGGGCGAGACCAUUAGCGGCAUACUAGAGAACAAGCCCAAUGAGAAGAACCACCGCGAUUUGGACAUUAGCAUCUCAUACAAGCUCGAGGCGAACGACAUGCACAGGCAAGCAUCAGGCGAGUCACAGUACAAGAUGUGCUAG